UAUGUGCUAGAAUGCAGUUGGCAUUCACGUUGGACCAUAGUUUGUGUCCAGAGUAUAUACUUGAAUCGUCUCGUGCUUCUUUUUUAAAAUUUUCCAUAUUUCUUCCUGAUUAUUUUGUCAUAAGAUAGAAAAGAAAAAAAUAAGGAAUAUUCAUGGGCCCAUUUAAUUGUAGAUAUAUCUGAUAGUUCACGAUUAUAUAUAAAUAGUUUAAUUUACCCGUCAAAAAAUCAGUGUGGAACACGCAAAUAAAGGGAAAUAAAAUCUACAAUCGCGUGUACGCAGAUACGUAGAUAUCUACGUUAUUCGGACGCAUUACGAUCAAUUAAAGUUUUGGACGAGAAAAUCUUUUAAAUGAUUACUCUGUGAGAAGAAUGGCUGGAGUAUUUGACAUAGAGUUACAUGACGGGGACUCCAUAAGUCAAGACGAGUCGGACGAUGAUAUCGUCGAAAAUAGAGAAGAUGAAUACAAUCAUACUACAAAUGUAAAUACGAUAUUAGAAUCUGAUAAUUUAGAAAGAGUACAGUUAUCGGAACAGAAUGUUAAUGCAGGCCAAGAAAAAACUGGUCCACAAGAUUUUGAACUAUGUAAAAUUCUUGGAGAAGGUGGAUAUGGAAAAGUUUUUCAAGUUAAAAAAGUGACUGGAAAAGACAAAGGCAGUAUUUUUGCUAUGAAGGUACUACGGAAAGCAUCUAUCAUACGAAAUCAAAAGGACACAGCUCAUACAAAGGCAGAAAGAAAUAUUUUGGAAGCAGUAAAACAUCCAUUUAUCGUUAAUUUAAUGUACGCAUUUCAAACUGGUGGUAAAUUAUAUCUAAUUUUGGAAUAUCUUUGUGGAGGAGAACUCUUCACAUACUUAGAUAGAGAAGGCAUUUUCUUAGAAGAUACAGCUUGUUUUUAUUUGUCUGAGAUUAUACUCGCAUUGCAACAUCUCCAUAAUCAGGGUAUUAUUUACAGAGAUUUAAAACCGGAAAAUAUUUUAUUAGACGGCGAAGGUCAUGUUAAAUUAACAGAUUUCGGUCUUUGUAAAGAACAUAUAGAAGAAGGUACAGUAACGCAUACAUUUUGCGGAACCAUAGAGUAUAUGGCACCAGAAAUUCUAACGAGAAGCGGACAUGGAAAAGCAGUUGAUUGGUGGAGUUUAGGUGCUUUAAUGUUUGACAUGCUUACCGGAAUGCCACCAUUUACAGGAGAUGAUAGAAGAAAAACAAUUGAAAAGAUUUUACGCGGAAAGUUAUGUCUACCAUUGUACCUAACACCCGAUGCAAAAGACUUAAUACGAAAGUUAUUGAAGAGACAAGUGUCACAGAGAUUAGGAUCUGGUCCUGAUGAUGCUGAGCAGAUUAUGAAUCAUAACUUCUUCAAACAUAUUAAGUGGCAAGAUGUGAUUUCACGUAAAUUAGAACCCCCUUUCAAGCCUUCAUUAAAAAGUGCCGAUGAUACAUCACAAUUCGAUGAACAAUUCACGGCAACUGUACCAGUUGAUUCACCGGUAGAAAGUACUUUAAGUGAAUCCGCUAAUAUGAUCUUUCAAGGCUUUACAUAUGUAGCACCCAGUGUCUUGGAGGAGAUGUGUGCACAACCAAGAGUUGUGAACGCUAGAAGCCCACGUAAAGGUCUAUUAAAUACAGAAUUUAGUGGAAAUCUUCACAGUUUGUCAUCAAGAUCACCCGAUGCCCAUCUUCAUACAGCGUCUCAUUUUCAACAACAUAGGCAUCACGUUGUAGGUUCAAAUAAUAUGGAAGAUACCGAAAUGGCGGAUAUAGGUCCGCUUUUUAAUUUCUAAGCAUUGCAUAAUAAAUUUUAGUGAUGUAGAAGAUAUUGAAUUAACAGUGGAAUCAUUUAUAACGAGAUACAUAUAAAUAAUCGAAGAAAACGUUGGAUCUUCCAUUUUAGAUUCAGCAAAAUCUUUGUAAAAAUUAUAUCCUACAUUGUUUGUCUUUUAUUCUGACACUUGAACUAUUAUGUUUAAUUAUCGAAUUUAAUGCAAUUUGUUUACAUAUAUAUAUACAUAUAUAUUUAAAGAUAAACAAGUCUAAAUGUCGAAGUUACGCUUAUAGGGCAGUGCAAUUCACGUACAAAUCGUAUGUAGGCCUGCAAUCGCUCUCUAAUGUGACUGAUCAUUGUUUUCAGUGCAAAGAAGGAAUAUUAUAUGCGUUUUCCUUAUGUAAAUAUGUCCAGUUUCCUGAUAAUAAGUACAUUCUGUUUAAACAAAAUGCUAUAUCAUUGAAAAAUCUGAAAGAUAUUUUUUAUGACAUAUCUUACUGUUGCAACGACUAAUUCAAGUUUUUAAAACGUUCCAUUCAUCGACAAAUACGAGUUUAUCGUUAGUAUAUAAAAAUUAAGUUAGUAUAUAAAAAUAAAUUUGUUUAGCUUGCAUAUAUUUAGAGGUCUGCCAUAAAAAGAAUGAAAUGAAUUUAUCGCCUCUUUGGAAUGCAUUGCUCGUGCAAAUAUAUAAAUUGUGCAACUUUUUCAUUGCUUUGUUGUUCAAUAAACUAAUUGUAAGUUCAAAAAAGUUAUUUACAUAAAUAUACAUUCCGAAGUAAUUCACAAAUUUCUUAGACGAUAAACAUCGUAUUAAAUUUAUAUAGAUCAUGUUGAUUAAGACUAGAAUAUUGGAUACAGCUAAACUUGAAAGUCUUGUUCUGCCAUUAGAAUAAAAUUAAUUUCUUAGGACCAGAGAAAGAGGAGAGCAUGCGAAUAAAAUAAAGAAAGGCAAAAGAAGAAGAAUAACAGUAUAAAAAUAAAAAUUGUAUUGAUCUUUGUUAAAGUAGAAUCGGAGAAGGAUUAUAAAUAUAUAUUUUUUCCUCUGUCGAAUAGUUGUAAUCGUCGCAAGUGGUAGCGUUUUGUAAGAGGAAAAAAUUAGAAUAUCUCAUGGUCGUAUAUGAUAUCCCAUUUUAGGAUUCAAACUUUCAAAAUAUAUUUUACAAUAAUGAUUAGUGGAAAUAGAAUUAAUCGAGAUAUUUUAUACGACCUUUGAUUAAAAUUUGAAAAAAAUGUUUUGUUGUUUCUUCUAACUUAUAUUUGAUGAAUUAUUUAAUUAUUUAUUCAUAUGUACAUUUCACUCAAGAAUAAAUUUGUGGCUAGUCUUUAUACGUCUUUCGCUAAUUAUAUGUACAUACAUAACUUUGAAUACAUCCGUCGAUAGACAACAAUAAAUCAUUGUUUUUAUUCAGUAACCAAUCCGAUUCUACUUUUUACAUAUAAUCGUUGUGAAAAUGACAAUUAUGCAAAAAUUUUAACUGCCCAAGUGUUCACAGCUACCGGCUGGAUAGUAUUAAAUUUUCCAUAGAAAGACUUAUACGCGCUCAUCUGCGCAUGCGUGUGUAGUAAUAAGUAUGUAAAAUUCUUGUUAAUAGUUAAUUAUGUUGUAAAAGUAAAAUGUUGAGAGUGAGAAAUUAA